AUGGCUAGUGUGUCCUCCGACGACGGCUCCGACCAACUGAGCGACCGGUGUGGUAGCUACAGUUUGAGUGCGGAUGUGAGUGAAUCGGAGAGUUGUAGUAGCUUCUCGUGCAGGAGGUUUGAUGGAGAAGGGGCUUCCAGUUCUAUGGCGUCCUCGCCACAUCCUGUUUCUGGUAAUUUUUGCUUUCCGCCGCCGGUUUCCUUGCCGGUGAUCGGAGGGAAGGAUGUUCUUGUUUGGGAUGGGAAGGCUAAGAAACGAGACGAUGAUUUAUCUGAAGUUGAGAUGAUGAAGGAGAGAUUUGCGAAACUCCUCCUUGGUGAAGACAUGUCAGGAGGAGGGAAAGGGGUUUGCACCGCCCUGGCUAUCUCAAAUGCCAUCACCAAUCUCUCUGCUACUGUAUUUGGUGAACUAUGGAGAUUGGAGCCACUAGCGCCACAAAAAAGGGCAAUGUGGCAUAGAGAAAUGGAAUGGCUUCUAUGUGUUUGUGAUUCCAUUGUAGAGCUUGUUCCUACGGUUCAGCCGUUCCCCGCCGGAGGUACUUAUGAAGUAAUGAUGUCGAAACCACGCUCGGACUUGCAUAUGAACCUCCCGGCGUUGAAGAAGCUCGAUGCGAUGCUUCUCGCUAUGCUUGAUGGGUUUUGCCAUACGGAAUUUUGGUAUGUUGAUCGAGGGAUAGUUCUUGGUGACUUGAACGACUGUAACAACGACUUCCUGCCCGGUGGGAGGCCUUCGAUUAGGCAAGAAGAUAAGUGGUGGCUUCCAUGCCCUAAAGUUCCUGCAGAUGGUUUGUCUGAAGAUGCAAGAAAGAGGCUGCAGCAAUGCAGGGAUUGUACUAAUCAAAUACUCAAAGCAGCCAUGGCAAUCAAUAGUAAUGUUCUUGCAGAAAUGGAAGUUCCUACUGCUUACAUGGAAACUUUGCCCAGGAGUGGAAAAGCUUGCUUGGGAGAUAUCGUUUAUCGCUACAUAACCGCCGACCACUUCUCGCCCGAAUGUCUCCUCGAUUGCUUAGACCUUUCAUCGGAGCAUCACACGCUGGAAAUAGCGAACAGGAUUGAGGCAUCGGUUCAUAUUUGGAGGCUAAAAGACCAGAAAAGAAGUGGUCACCGCAGCACGGGAAGACGACCAACUUGGAGUGGGAAGGUGAAAGGUAUGGUUGCUGUCCCUGGGAAAAGUCACAAUAUGGCCCGGAGAGCAGAGACACUGCUUGAAAGUCUAAGACUAAGAUUUCCAGGGUUACCACAGACAGCAUUGGACAUGGCCAAAAUCCAAUAUAACAAAGAUGUGGGGCAGUCAAUUCUCGAAAGCUACUCAAGGGUGAUGGAGAGUUUGGCUUUCAACAUCAUGGCACGUAUCGACGACGUUCUAUACGUCGACGACGCAAUCAAACAAUGUGUCGAAGCAGAGUCGAUCUCCCUUUUCAACAGAGGUUUGGGUGGCCUUCCAAUCCAGAAACGUAUGUCUCCCAGCCCCUUCUCAAUCCACCACAGCCCAUUUGCUUCUCCAUUUGGAACUCCAACUUUCUGCUCCUCUACUCCCAUUGAAGGAAGCCCAGAAAGACUCUCCCCAUCCCCAACUGUAAAAAGAAGCAGCGUCAAAGAAACACCAGAUGUUCUAAGACCUGACAAACACAGCCAAGCUGCUGGUAAUGAGAAAAUUUGGUCAUAUGCUGGGAACCUCAGUGGUAGAAGAAUUUCUGGAGUCACUCCAGAACGAGACUGAUAAUGUUUGACAGUGGUCCAUUAUGAUAUCUAAACAAGAAACUCUGCAUACCCUACUGUAAAUUACUUGGCCAUUAGAAAUGUAGAAGAGACAGUCUUAGAAGGAGAGAGAAUUUUUGCUAUACAUUUCUUAUAUGCUCUAAUGUAAUUAUUUGCAAUGUGUCCAAAAAAGUGAAUUUGGUGUCAGCUUUUUCAGCCUUAGGAACAAGCACGAGGCGAUUGACAGAGUCCUAGAGGAAUAUUUUUGGGAUUAGAAUGGCUUUCUUCUUCUUCUUUUUCUUCUUCUUCCCACUAUAAAAACUAUUAGGGAUGGCUGUCUUUAGAAGCAAGAUGAUCAUAAUUGUUCUCUUGUGAAGCUUUUGGAAUUGCCCUUGGAAAUCAUUGCAAACUCCUCCAGCCCACAUUCCAAUUUCUAGUCUGUUCUUGGCCU